AUGCCUGAACCCGCUCUCGACGAGAUUCAAUGGUACUCUCCGCAGCACCUGGCCAACAUGGGCCAGCUGCACUCCAACAACAUCCUCUUCUACUUUGCCGAAUCGCCCUUCUUCGAGCGAACCUCCAACAACCAGGUCAUCUUCUCCCAAGCGAUGACGAAUCCCCACGAGUUCUGGCGCAUCCAAACACGCGAAGCCUUCGAGUCGUCUCUACGGGAAAUGUCUGGGUUGGAAUUCAUCGUCGGCGAAGAGCCCGCCGAAUCAGGUCCAGGAAUGGGCACCGGUGUCUGGGUGAUCCGCAAACAGGUUCGGCGCAAGAUUGCGGGCGACGAGGAUCAGACGACGAUCCUGUCGAGCUACUUUAUUGUCGGCGAACACAUCUACCAAGCGCCAAAGCUAGGAGACAUCUUGAGCUCGCGGCUGCUGAUCCUCACCAAUGCGAUAUCGAGCGCGCUGCCCAAGGCGCAGGGGGUCAGGAAAUGGAGACCCUCUGUGGGACACACGUAUCCGCCCCCCAAGCAGAUUGCGCAACCGAGGACGAACGCCGGGACACACGGGCCGUCAAAGGAGGGGACACCGAUGCCUGACGCUGCGCAAGGCAAAACCGGCGAACAACCUGCCAAGGAUGAUCCGUCACUCGACAGAAGUGUGGAGGAAGCUUUUGCGAUACACAUGCGCUACGGGGGAGAAUACGUCGACGAGAACCCAAUCACAGGUCGCCCUGGCGAAUUCCACCUUUCGUCCACGGGGAGGAAGCCAGUGCCGCCGCCGCAGACACAGCAGACUAUGGGCAUGAGCGGACCCACGACCCUGGACAGCAAGGUCGGCGGUGCGGAAAAGAAGGAUGGCAAGGAGCAGUCUGGAAAAUCAUCGACAGGCACCAAGCCCAGGAAGAGGAAGAGGAAUAAGGGCUCAGCGGCCACGACGCCGGCCGCGACAACACCGGCUGCGUAG